GGGACCCUUUUGUUCAAACCAGCAAGAAGCCAAGUACCAGUUGAUUGGCUCCAGCUCUGCGAAUGGUCUAUGCAAAGAGCUGGGCAGAGGUGAAGCCCACACCAUGGGAGAGGAGGUCUCUGUGGCACAGACGGCAGAUGGCGUGGAUGCUGACCUCUGGAAAGACGGCUUAUUCAAGUCCAAGGUUACCAGAUACCUGUGUUUCACAAGAUCAUUUUCCAAAGAAAAUAGUCAUCUGGGGAACGUGUUAGUGGACAUGAAGCUUAUCGACGCCAAGGACACGCUGCCUGUGGGCUUCAUCCCAGUUCAGGAGACGGUGGACACACAGAGGUGGCUUUUAGAAAGAAGAGGCUGUGCAUUAAGUUUAUCCCCCGGGAUUCCACGGAAGCUGCCAUUUGUGAUAUUCGGAUCAUGGGCCGGACCAAGCAGGCGCCUCCUCAUACACAUUCAUUGGGUGAGUCACCCAUGUAGUCACAUCUGCUGCUUCCCCCGUGGAAGUGCUCAGGCCACUCCUGGGGACGAGUCCUAA